CCCAUUUCUCUUCUCCCAAAACCAGGAAGAAGAAAAAAAAUGUCUCUCACCUUCUCUCUUCAAUGUCUGAAACUCACUACUCCCUUCAUCCAUGGCACCACCCCGCUCUCUCCUCUUCCAAAACCCACUUCCUCUUCCCUCCAACCUCCUAUCCGUCCUUCCUUUCUCCCUCCAGUCAAGGCCAUGAGGUCCAUGCAAGGUCGUGUGGUCUGUGCCACAAACGACAAGACUGUUGCUGUUGAAGUCGUGCGUUUAGCUCCACACCCUAAGUACAAGAGGCGUGUCAGGAAGAAGAAGAAGUACCAGGCUCAUGACCCGGAUAACAAGUUCAAAGUGGGUGACUUUGUGCAGCUUGAGAAGAGUAGGCCCAUUAGUAAGACCAAGGCCUUUAUUGCAGUGCCUGUACCUAGCAGAAACGAAAAGAAAAAGAAGGAUGAUGAGGAGGGGGCUGUGCCAGGAGAACUAGGGAUUCUAUUGGAAUCUCAACAGGAGCAGCAGGCGUAGAGAAUAAAGCAGCAUCUGGGGAUGUAAUUUUGAUGCCUCAACCUGAAAAAUGUGGCUGCAUACCACUAGGAAGUGAAAGAUGUCUUCUAAAGUCAUUAUAGAACUCGAGAAAAUGUGUUUAUGACAUUUUUUUUAUUAUUGU